AUGGACGAUGCCACCGAUGCUCCCUUCCAUCUAAAGGUAGCGUCGCCACUGCCAUCUCCCUACGUUGUGCAGCCAUGGAAGAAGCUCCUAUACCUCCGCCAAGCAUAUCCCGAUAACUAUACCGAUCCGCUGUUCCUUUCCCAGCUCAAGCGGAACACCACGGUUGCCAAAUACCGCUACUCCAACGUCGUCGGCGACUUCCUGCUCAUCGUGCUCCACAUUCUGGCGUUGAUACUUGUGGUGCUUAUGUUCAGUGGCAUCUACUUGUUUCAUUGGGAUAUCCGGUGGCCAACAGCAGCGACGACCUUGGUGUCAUUGGUGGGGCUAUUUGGGUUUCAUCGCCAUCAGAUCAAGUCGUACGUGAUCACGCUGAUGCUCUUACUUGUGCUUAGUCCCGUGCUUCGACUGUUGACCCGGCUGACGGCGCUGGACCUGAUCUGGGCGCUAUCAUUCUGCUUAGUGAUCGCCAACACGAUAUUCCACGAUUACGCGUUUGGCGGCGAUCCUCAUGACUACCAUCCCAUCAUUUCCACUAAUAUAUCACUUACCAAUGCCAUUGUGCUUGCGCUGAGACUCAAUACUCACGCACUGGUGUUUACGUUUUUGAUGUUUGCCAUCGAGGUGCUGAUCCUCUGGCCGCUAUUUGAUGUGAGCAUGCGCCACUGGCAUUGGCACAAGUUACACCGCACGUUGUUUGCCUCGUUGUUCGGCAUUGAUUGCUGGUUGAUCUGGCGGAUCAUGGGGGGCAAAUACGUCGGGUUUUGGAUCGUGGGAUGUGGCGCCAUCAUGUUUGGCUUACCCGCAUACUUUUUGUUUUUGCAAAAGUACAAGAACGAAAUGAUGGGCCCAUGGGACCCGGCAAAGCCCAAGCUCAACCGGGUACAAUGA